AUGGGCAUGACCUAUGCUGAGCUCUCCAUUUUCGGCAGGCUACGUAAAGUCCACAAGCUCGGUGUCUGGGGCAUGUACGAGCGCCUCGUUCACUUGUGGGGCCAGCCCGCUCCUGUUGAUACUCAUACCACAGCCACAGAGCCCGACCCGUCAUCCUCCACGCCGCCAGAGCCCGCUCCACCCAACCCCAACAAGAUAGAAGGCAGAGGCCUCUCGGCGCGUGCAGUAUAUGAGAAGGUGCGGCGCUUCUACUAUUACUUCAAUGUCAAUCGGCAUAAAGCAACCAUCUUGCCCCCAGGCCUGCAUCUCGAGGAAUACAGCCCCGAGGACAACCGGUACGACUUACGCCCAUUCCUAUACCCGCCAAUGGCAGGAAGCUGGCCCAUAGAGAAGAUCGAAGCUCAUGUCCAGGCGUUGGAAGAGCGGGAGCGGAAGCGGGAGAAGGAGGGUGAGAAGAAAGGCGAGGAUGAGCCAGAGGCCGCCCCGGCUGUGCGAGCGUAG